AUGGCUACGGCUCAAGUCAACAACUUCAUUGGGAUGCAAUACGCCCGUGAAGGCAACGAGUAUGAAAAAGAGGACUACAACUUCUUCAAUCAGCAGUACGCAACCUCAUCCUACAUAGAUGUAGCAGAUCAUAACCUAGAUCCUGCUCUCAUUCUCAAACCAAAGGAUGACAAUGAUGUCAAGAGCGCCAUCAACUAUGCCGUUGAACACAAAGUCGGCAUUGCUAUCAAGAGUGGCGGUCACCAGUACAGCGGCGCUUGUUCUUGUUCAGGCAACAAUGUGCAGCUUGAUGUGAGCAACGCGUACAAGGACUUGAAAAUCAUCAGCAAUCCAACUAUUCCCGUUCCUGAUGAUAGAGUACUGGUAUUUGCUGGUGUCGGCAAUCAGCUACAGGACUUUCUGGCUUACCUCGCCAGUCAUGGGCUCUUUGCUCCCACGGGUCAAUGCGCCUAUGUGUGCCUUGGUGGCCACGGACAGACCGGAGGUUAUGGCCAACUUGGACGCAGCUUUGGCCUUCUUGGUGAUUACAUCACCGAGAUUCGCAUGAUCGACCACAGCGGCAAAGUCCAGAUCAUCAACAAAGAUAAGAAUGCUGAGCUGUUUUAUGCCAUCCGCGGUGGCAGUCCUGGCAACUUUGGUGUUAUUACGCACUAUACCAUCAUGGUAUUCAAAGCCAAGAGCUACAUGGGCAUCGAAAACACGAUCAAGACCCCCAAAGGCCCAGUCAAGUUCCAGGGACCUCGCGGAGUCAAGGCCUUCUGGCUUUACAAUGAGAACACUCUUAAGUCUCUUUUGGGAUUUGUUGCAGCCAUGUCUGAUGCAGGCAACGCGCCCCGGGGUCGCGAUCUUUGCGUCAACGUCCUUAGCACGGACUUUGAUAUCACCAAGCUUUUUCCUUCGUUCAAGAACGAUGAAGUAUGGAAAGGCCUUCAAGACACAGUCUUUCGAUUCUUCCCUGACAACAUCCGUGCGCUACUGGCUGGUAAACUGCCCCCUGUCAUCGUCCUCUACGCACAAUGGUGCCCGGUUGGGGAUCAACAGAAGUAUGACGAAAGCACAGAUGCGUGGUUCCAGCAAUUUCGGAAUCUGGACAAUUUCAAGCAUGGAUGUGUUCACUUCGAUGAGUUUCCUGCAGACAUGGCCAACAUGACAGGUCACUGGGUAUUCCCCCAACGUCGAGAGUUCCCUCGUCCAUAUGUCAAGCGAACGUAUGCCACCAACUCAAAGACUCUGGGUAAAGAUGGCUGGGUCAACACGCUGGUUGGAAGACUUGGCAAGAUCUGCGAUCCAUACGAGAAGCUGGACGAUGCGAACGAGAGACCGGUACCGAAUCCCCUCUACGAUAACUGUAAGCUCUCUGCCCAGAUCCAGUGCUUCGGCGGAGAGAAUUCGAUGUUCUACAAGAAUGGGGACGGUAGUUCUGCAUAUAGUUGGAGAGAUUCAACCGUUCUCCAAACUGUGGACUGUUGGUAUCUGAACAUAAACGACCCAAAUCAUAAAAUGUCGCAAAAUCUCGCGAAUCAAUGGCAGAACGAGAACGACGGCGUGAUGAUUGGUGCCAAGAGCUGUUUCAGUAAGACUGACAGACGCGUUCUUUGGGGUUCCUGGGGCUCCUGGGUUAUGGCUAGCCCUGACGUCUGGAAGACUUAUUAUGAAGAUGAGGCCAAGUACCAGAGGCUGGGCAAGGCCAGGGCGGCAGCUGAUCCAAAUGGUACCUUUACCGCGAAUCCAUUUGCUGUUGCACGCCAAAGUUAG